CAUGGGCAAGAGCGGCGCAGAGAAGCAGCCAGGGCGCUAGCGAGAGGGGCCUCCGUGCACGUCCUGCCGCCGCCAACACCUCCGCGGCUCCUGCUCGGGGGAGCAGCAGGAGAAGAAGCCGCGGAGGUUGCCCCACUCCGGCUCCUUUCCCCCGCCCCAGGACCGUUGUUGGGGGACACCGAAGAGCCGCCUUGGCAAGCCGCCGGAGCUCCCGUAGGGCUGGAGGAGGAAGAGGUGGCGGCGGAAAAGGGGCCGUGGGAGGAGAGCGAGCGGGCGCGCGCGCGCUCCGAAGUGCGGCCACAUCUGCCAAAACUUAGCCCAGCGAUUGCAGCAGAGAGCGGCGGCGGUGGCGCCCGUGCUCGCUUUUGGCAGCCCCGCGGCCGCGAAUACGCUCUGCAGCUCUCCUCCAGGGGAAGCCUCAGCGGUGGAAGGAAGGAAGAGACGGAAGGAAGGGCUGAAGCAGCCGUUUCCCGGACAUUUGGCCCCUUCCCCCCCUCCCUGCUUCUCCUAGCCGUGGGGCUGGGGAUUCUCCCAGGCUGAGGGCACGGUUGUCGCCCGGCAAAAGCGUUAGGGGUGGCUUUUCGAAGAAACAACGAAAGACGCUUCUCGGGCGAGAAAGCCUUUUCGUCUCCCGAGCGCUCUCCCGACGCCUCCGCCACGUUAUCUACGGCCUCUUGCACCAUAGAGGGAAAACAGACCAUGGUGAACCCAGGCAGCAGCUCGCAGCCCCCCCCUGUCACCAGUGGCUCCCUCUCAUGGAAAAGAUGUGCAGGCUGCGGGGGAAAGAUUGCUGAUCGCUUCUUGCUCUAUGCCAUGGAUAGCUAUUGGCACAGUCGGUGCCUGAAGUGCUCCUGCUGCCAAGCCCAGCUGGGAGAAAUUGGUACAUCCUGCUACACUAAGAGUGGCAUGAUCCUGUGCAGAAAUGACUAUAUCAGGUUAUUUGGAAAUAGCGGUGCUUGCAGUGCCUGUGGGCAGUCAAUUCCUGCUAGUGAGCUGGUUAUGAGGGCACAAGGGAAUGUCUAUCAUCUUAAGUGCUUUACGUGUUCUACCUGCCGAAACCGCCUGGUCCCUGGAGACAGGUUUCACUACAUCAAUGGCAGUUUAUUCUGUGAACAUGAUAGACCUACAGCUCUCAUCAAUGGCCAUUUGAAUUCACUUCAGAGCAAUCCACUACUGCCAGACCAGAAGGUCUGCUAAAAGAUCAGAGUACUGCAGAAUGCGUGCCUUCAUCUCAAACUUUGUUCAUCACAGAUGGAUCCCAUGUCUCCAGUAGACAAGUCACCUUUGUAGCUAGCAUCAGUGCCAGCUCCAUGCCAUUGCACCUUCUUUACUCUUGAUUGCCCUUCCCACAUUUAUUGGUGUAUUAAAAUGACUGAAAACGAACAUUAAGAACUCCAUGAAUCUGGGCUAAUGGGAGACUGUAGAGAAAAUGAAAAAAGAUCCACCGGAGGAGAACAACUUUGGGUGGGGAGGGGUGGGGCAAACGACUAAUGAAGCUAAUUCAGAUAAGCUUUCAAGUCUGCUUUCUACCCUCAUUAACAAUUAGCAGGGCACUGGUGAGAAUUUGUACCCUGUGUUUUACCUUAACAGCAUUCUCUUUGCUCUUUGUAUAUUUAAGUGUUGUAGGAAAUGUUUCAAAACUCAGACCUGAGCUAAUGGAAAGAUGGGGCUCUUGUGAUAAUCUAUCACAAAUACUUUUAUUGUAUCUCUGUAAAAUACAAUGUAUGUAUGCAUGUAAGUGUGUUUUGUCCUAAUGUUGCUACUUCCCAUGACACAAAAAGAAAAAGAAAAAAAAAUCAAGCUCAUAGCAGCAACUGUGUAGAAUUUUCACCUACUCCUAAUUCGCUGAAUGAAGAAGAAAAAUCUUUUAUUUGUGAUACUUUCAGAGACAUUUGCUCUAGUAUGGUGUAUUUAAAUAAUAAAAACUUAAAA